ACUACACUUGUGCACACUAUAAUAACAUUGAUGUGGCGUCGAUCGUUUUCAGUUUGUUUGUACAAGCUGGACACAGCAGCUGUAACAGCCACAGUUAGUCGUUGAGCGAGUGGCAUUCAAGCCGGUAGCGCGCAUUACUUGCAAGUUCGGUUUCGGCAAAGUCCAAAAAAUAAAUUUUGCAAAAGAAAAGCCUUAAAAAAUAAAAAUCACCAACAUAAACGAAUGCGCGCCCGAGACAGUUGCGUUAUACUCGUACUACAACUGUAAUCACACGAAAUACGUUCGGUCAGUUACUCGUCUCUGCUCGUAUCAUUGUCGUAAUUGCUUUAUUGGCCGCUCGGUAGAGGGCGCGCGCAUUCGUGUCCAGCUGGAAUUCGUCUAUUCAUAGCAAUUUGUGUAGCUUCGCGUAAAUUCCACGCUUUGAGGCAUAAACCGCAUUCGGCUCUCGACGCGUUCGCCGUGUUUUCGAGCGAGCGCGCGCUUGAAAGGAAGUGUGUGCGCGCCAUACACCCCCACACCACACUCCCACCCACGCACACAGUUGCAGGCUUACCAAUACAUACAUACAUAAGUAAAUGCUGUACGAAUACAUACUCGCAUCAAUGUAAAGCCCUUGGCGUGGAAAAAUUUCUCGUUGAAUUUGCAAUGCGAUUUGAAAAUUUACACACAACAAACUGGGGGCCUGCGUGGAUCUGGCUACGUAAAGUGUAGAGUUUUCUUUAAAAAUCAUAUAUUUUUUAGUUGCUCAUUUCAUGCAAAUUCAUUUGUAGUUAGCUACAUAUACAUAUAUGUAUCUACAUACUAAAUUCACAUCAAAAGCAAACGCUUCAACUCAAUUAAGUAGUAUAUAGUUAACGCGCUAAUAAAAGAGUACUCUUUAUACUAUUUCGUCGCUAAUAAAUCAAAAUAGCGAGAAUUUCAAGGCUUUGAAUUUAAUUUGGGCUUAGCGUAGCGUCGGCCGGCAGCAGCAGUAAAGUGGCAAAGAAAUUUGCAUUAAAAUAGCAGAAAACGAGAAAUGGACAAAAAGUAGUGAUUGAUUAACAUAUUUAAAUCGAUACCGCCAAAUUUAAUGGUACGAUGGCGCAACAACAAUGCUGACGCCAUGAUUGAGGCACAAUAUCCGACACCCGGUGAAUUCGAGUACAUGGAAUGCGGACCCUCGCCGCCCGCUGAGAGUGCACCCAGCAUGUAUGACAGCUUCGAGGAGCCCACAAGCGAGCUGAGCGUACAAAUAUGCAACGACACCUUGCGCAUCAGUCUGAUCGAUCAGAUGAAGAGCGCCGCCGGGCGUGUGCGCUUCCUGGAGGACAUCGAACAGGGCAAUGUGAUUGUGGAGAAUACGAAGACACACUUCGAAUCAGCAUCGAAAAUUGAAAAGAAUCUCAGUUAUUUGUGGGCGGCCUUCUUGAAACGCUGGGACUUGCUGCAGAGUUUUCUAGACAUUGGCGCCGAAUUGAACUUCUGUGAUCAGAAUGGCAUUUCGGCAUUGCAUUUGGGCGCCUUUAGUGGUUGCCUAUCGACGUUGAGUUUUCUCGUCGGCAAAGACGUGAAUGUGAACUUGCAGCCGAAAUGUUAUACGCCAUUGCAUUGCGCUGCGUUCGGUAAUUCAGCCGAGGCAGCGAAAUUUCUAAUCAACAACGGCGCACUCAUCACCAUCGACACCAACAAACCCAACUGCGAGGAGAGUCUACUGCACUGUGCCGUGCGCGCUAAUGCGCUCGAAUGCGUGCAGCUGUUCAUUGUGGAGGGUGCCGACGUGAAUUCGCUGAAACCGAAUGGCACUAAUGCGAUACACCUGGCGGCCGAUUUGGGCAAUGCACAGUGCCUGGAGGCGCUGCUGAAUGCGCCCGGCGCUGAUCCCAAUGUGCGCAUUUGUAUACGCGAAAAGGAGUCGACAGCGCUGCAUUUGGCCGCCGAUGAGGGCAAUGUCGAGUGCGUCGAUCUGCUGCUAGCCAAAGGCGCCGAUGCCAAGUUGAAAAAUCAUCGCGGCUUCACCGCGUUGCAUUUGGCGGCGCGCACCUCCAGUCUGGAGUGUGUAGAGUCGCUGCUGCGUAACGGCAAUGCCGAUCCCAACGCAGAGGACUUUGAUCAUCGCACGCCGCUGCAUGCGGCCAUCGGCAAGUCGGAGAAUGCCUUUGAUAUACUCGAAACGCUGAUACAGUGGGGCGCAAAUGUCAAUCACAAGGACAUUUACGGCUUCACAGCGUUGCAUUUGGCCGCGCUCGAUGGGCUGGCGCAAUGCGUUGAAAUGCUGAUCUUCCAUGGCGCCGAUGUGACUACGAAAUCGAAGAAGGGCACCUCAGCAUUGAAUGUGAUCACGCGCAAGACGCCUGCUUCGGUGGCGAUGAUCAGACAAAAACUGGACGCGGCCAUUACACUGCACCACUCACAAGAUCCAGUCAAUCGUGAAGUGGAAUUGGAGCUGGACUUUCGUCAGCUGCUGCAACACUGUCAUCCGCGCGAGAUCAGCUAUCUGAAUACGUUCGUAGACGAGGGGCAAAAGGAAAUACUCGAGCAUCCAUUGUGCUCCUCCUUUCUCUACAUCAAGUGGGGAAAGAUACGCAAAUACUAUAUAGGACGGUUGAUCUUUUGCUUCACCUUCGUGCUCUUUCUGACACUCUACGUGCUGACGGCACUCGCGCACAAUUGCUACAACGGCAGCAAGGACGACAAUACGACCAUACAGGCGCAGGAGCUGUGCCAAAAGCAGUCCAUACUCGGCGACAUGCUGCGCAACAAUCCCUUUGUCAUGGAGAUGCAGUGGUGGGUGCUGGUCGCCAUCACGAUUGUCGAGAUAUUUCGGAAACUCUACGGCAUAACCGGCUAUUCAACAUUCAAGCACUACGUGACGCAGGUGGAGAAUAUUAUGGAAUGGUUCGUGAUCACGAGUGUCUUCGUCAUUUCGUACAUCUAUACGAAGCAGACAUACACAUUUCAGAACCACAUAGGCGCCUUUGCGGUGCUGCUGGGUUGGACAAAUUUAAUGUUGAUGAUCGGCCAACUGCCCGUCUUCGACGUGUAUGUGGCAAUGUAUACGCGGGUGCAGGGUGAAUUCGCAAAACUCUUCAUGGCCUACUCGUGCAUGCUAAUUGGCUUCACAAUAAGCUUCUGUGUGAUAUUCCCCUCCUCGUCGUCCUUCGCUAACCCCUUCAUGGGUUUCAUCACUGUGCUGGUGAUGAUGAUCGGCGAACAAGAUCUCUCGCUGCUGAUCAACGAUCCGGACGGCAAAGAUCCACCCUUCUUGCUGGAGGUGAGCGCGCAAAUCACAUUUGUGCUCUUCCUACUCUUCGUCACAAUCAUACUGAUGAACUUGCUAGUCGGCAUAGCUGUACACGAUAUUCAGGGUUUGAAGAAGACCGCCGGCCUAUCGAAACUGGUGCGUCAAACCAAACUUAUAUCCUACAUAGAGUCGGCGCUCUUCAACGGUUAUCUACCACCUUGGCUGCGCAAUUUGCUACACUACACUGCACUCGUCUCGCCACAGGCAUAUCGAGUUGUAUUGUGUGUAAAGCCGCUGAAUCCGAGCGAAAAGCGUUUGCCACGCGAAAUACUCAUGAAGGCCUACGAAGUGGGCAAGAUGCGCAAACAUUUUGGUCAUACCAUAUCGGCGAAGGGUACUGCGGCGACCUAUUUGCAAUACAAGAACAAAUACAAUGACAAUCAGACACAAAGCUAUGCGACAGACGAUUUGGAAACGGCACAUUUUAAUACGCUAACGAGCAAGAUCGACGACAAUGCGGAGCGUAUCGAAUUUCUUACACAGGAAAUUCAGGAGCUAAAGCAGGCGUUGAUUACGCAACAGCAACAGGCGAGCAAAGUGAUCGAUAAGCUAUUGAUUGUGAUUUCAAAUCAACAAAAGAAUAAUCUUAGAAAGUAAGCGACCAUUGGCUGAGUGCCAAAGUAAGAAAUUACAUAGAUUUAAAAGACGACGCUAUGUUUGAGCUCGUCAAGGAACAGUAUAUUAUGUGGUAUUGUAGUGUAUUUGAUUCGAUUUGAAUUUGAAAUUUAUGAAAAAGUGGAAGCAAUCAGAAACUUGAAUGGAAUUUAUUUUAAUUGUAAAUUUACUUGUAGUUUAGCUAAGAGUGAAAUAUAAGUAACCGAUAUUUUUUGUAGUAAAAUAAUUUAUAGUUAAAUAAUGAAUUUACAUAUACAAUUU